AUGGCGGCUGCAGUAGUCGCCGCUGCAGUGAUCAUCUUCUUCAUGAUGAAGGCCCAACCUGCUGCCUCGGCCAUUGUCGAGCACACCUUCACUGUAAGCCAGAUGGAUAUGACGCACUUGUGCAAGGAGGUACUCACCACUGUGGUGAACGGGCAGCUCCCGGGGCCGGCGAUCGAGGUCACAGAAGGGGAUUUCGUGGUUGCUAAUGUCGUCAACAAGUCACCCUACAACAUAACAAUCCACUGGCAUGGUGUGAAGCAGCGGCUGAACUGUUGGGCCGAUGGUGUGCCGAUGCUUACGCAACUUCCUAUCCUACCCAACAACAAUUUCACCUAUAGGUUCCAUGUUUCCGGGCAAGAAGGCACCCUGUGGUGGCACGCUCAUGUCCCCUGCCUUCGGGCAACCCUGCACGGUGCCUUGAUCAUCCGUCCUAGACUUGGGGCAGAAUCAUAUCCAUUUCCUAAACCCCAUAAGGAGAUCCCCAUCAUUAUAGGUUCGUGAAUUGUUCGGUCUUUUACGUUGUAAGAUAAGAUAUGCUUU